CGGAAGUAGACGCGCGUAUCCGCGCUCGAUCGUCGGUUGUAUCGAAGAUUUGGUUUCUGAGUAAAUCCUCUCGAAGGUUCGUUUAUUGAAAUUAGCUUGUUGUAAAUCAGAUAGAUUCAGAUGUCAAAGUGUUGCAAGAGUGCAAGUUCUUGUGACUUCGUUAAAAUUCAAACGCGAUCGUGAUCAAGUUUCGGAACUAGACGGUCCCACGUCGGCAUCGCAAGUUUCAGCAAGGAACGGCUGUUUACGCAACCCGCCGCAGCUCUCACACACGCACAGCCGAUCGUCAGUCGUCUUCCACUAGACCUGAUCCAGACGUGGCGCGGAAGAAAGAAAUUGGAUUAUUCAGUUUUAUCGCGACUGUAAAUUUAAAUUUACGAUCAACUUUUAUGGAUUAUUUUAUCAGGAUCAUUUAAUUUCGCUGGCAAAAAGAGCGAAAGAAGUGAAAAGCAUCAGGAAAAAGUGAACCGGCGGCUGACAGUGUUAUAGAAUUUGUUGUCUUUGUUGUUGUUACGUGCGGUCUGACGAAUGCAGGCGCGAAUAAGCUAUGAAAAAGGACUCGGCCGGCUGCGGCAAAAAUGCGAAAAAAGUGAAGAAAAGAAAAUAAUAAGAUAAGAAUAUGAGAUAGUGUAAACCGAAAUUUAUGCGCCUCCUCAAGCGUCAAUGAAAAAGGUGAAAAGGUGAACAAAACGCAUCGAAAACAGCGAACCACGGGAUCAAAACAUAGAGUCUUAAAUCGUACACAGAAGCAGCAGGCAACUAAUGUUGCCUAGAAAGACGUGAAAAAAGUGAUAAACGGAACGAUUAAUAAACCAGACAUGCCUAACGCGAACAAGGAAAAGUACUACAAAUUAGUCAGUAUUCCAACAAGUCCAUCAAGUUGAAAUUUGCAAAGUGAACCUAGAAACGGGUUACUGGCAGUGACCCGGAGCUUCAAAAUUGCCAAUCUACAAAGAUGCGAUCCUCACCGGCCUUGCUGUCGGUCCUGUUUGGUACCAUUUUUGGGGUGCUCGGAGCAUCGCUGAGCAAAUCGUUGCUCUCCCAAGCUCCCGACGAGUGCCGGUGGUCCGGUUAUAGUGAAGAUGACCUUACCCUAGUGUGUAGACUUAGAACUAUCAACAGUGAACUAGAAAAUACAAAUUUUAGUGUGCUUCACCCGGAGAAUACGAUUCGGUUGCGGUUGCAAUGCAACGAUGGGUUGUUUUUUCAGUCUAGCAUAAGCCCAGGUAGUUUCCGGCAACUAUCGGAGCUACGGUCUCUAUCGAUAGACUACUGCAAAAUAGCAAACUUAACUGAUGGUUCCUUCCGGGGUCUUAAGGAGCUGACCAACCUGACCCUACGUACGCAUAACACCGACUGGUCUUCAGUGAGCUUGGAGAUAUCUCCACACGUCUUCAACGCCGAAAUUUCCAAGCUCGAGCGGCUAGAUCUCAGUCAGAACAACAUGUGGUCACUGCCCGAUGGCAUGAUCUGUCCAUUGACUAGGCUGCAGUAUUUAAAUCUGACGCAAAACCGAAUACGAGAUCUUUCCGUAUUUCACUUCAGUGCAUCACUCAGCACACGGUUAUCGAAGAAAUGCGGUGGAGCCAUCACGAUUCUUGACAUCUCCCACAACAGUAUUGAUAAUCUACCACCGGCAAUCUUUUCCGGUUUGGGGAAGCUAACCGAACUACGACUGCAGAACAAUGGGCUCAACUUCAUUGCCGAUCGAGCCUUGGAAGGACUGCUGUCACUUUCGAAACUUGAUAUAUCUCUAAAUCGGCUGACGAAUCUACCACCGGAACUAUUCUCCGAGGCAAAACAUAUCAAAGAAAUAUACCUACAGAACAACAGUAUCAAUGUACUUGCACCGGGAAUUUUCAGUGAACUACAGCAACUACUCGUUCUCGAUCUGUCCAACAAUGAACUCACUUCCGAGUGGGUGAAUUCUGCAACAUUCAAAGGAUUAUCACGGCUAAUUCUUUUAGAUUUAUCGAACAACAAAAUAUCGAAACUUGAGCCAGCCAUCUUUCGAGAUUUGUUCAGUCUACAAAUCCUUCGACUUCAAGACAACUUCAUAGAAACACUUAGCGAGAACACCUUUUCGGAACUAGCUGCUCUGCAUACUCUGGUCAUCUCCAAUAAUCGCCUUUCAAACAUCGAAUAUUUCACUUUCCACGGACUGAAUCGACUUGCUCUGUUAUCGCUGGAUUACAAUCGGAUCUCACGAAUAGAUCGAGUAGCAUUCAAGAAUUUAUCCUCUCUGCAGGAUCUUCAUCUUAACGGCAAUAAACUGCUUCAAGUACCGGAUGCUUUGUAUGAUGUUCCAAUGCUCCGAACGUUGGAUUUGGGGGAAAACCACAUCAGCAACAUCGGAAACGCCAGUUUCAAGGACAUGGCCCAUAUGUAUGGGCUAAGGUUGACGGAAAACAACAUCGAAGUGAUUCGCAAGGGAACAUUUGAUGCCAUGAAAUCCCUCCAGAUUUUGAACCUCUCGAAAAAUCGAUUGAAGCGAGUAGAGCAGGCCUGUUUUGAUAACAACACCAAUCUACAGGCGAUUCGAUUGGACGGAAACUACCUGACUGAUAUCGCCGGUUUGUUCACCAAGCUACCAAAUCUGGUUUGGCUCAACAUUUCCGACAAUCAUCUGGAACUGUUCGAUUAUGCGCUCAUUCCGACUGGUUUGCAGUGGUUGGACAUUCAUGCAAACAAGAUCGCCGAGCUGGGUAACUAUUUUGAGAUCGAGAGUCAACUGUCGCUCAGCACAAUUGAUGCUAGUUCGAAUCAGCUGACGGAAAUCACCGGCAGUGCCAUUCCGAACAGUGUGGAGCUGUUGUAUUUGAACGAUAACCUUAUUUCCAAGGUUCAGUCGUACACGUUCUUCAAAAAACCGAACCUGACGCGAGUCGAUCUGUUCGGGAAUAAAAUUACGACCCUGGAUCCAAAUGCACUGCGGAUAUCGGCCGUGGCGGAUGAUAAACAACUGCCGGAGUUCUACAUCGGAGGAAACCCGUAUCAGUGCGACUGUAAUCUAAACUGGUUGCAAAAAAAUAACGUGGACUCGAGGACGCAGCCGAAAUUAAUGGAUUUGGAUAGCAUAUACUGCAAGCUGUUGUACAACCGAGGAAGAACAUAUGUUCCACUGGUAGAGGCGUUGCCAAAUCAGUUCCUGUGCAAAUACGAGACGCACUGUUUCGCACUGUGUCACUGCUGUGAUUUUUAUGCUUGCGACUGCAAGAUGGAGUGUCCGGCUCGAUGCACCUGCUAUCACGAUCAGAGCUGGACCUCGAAUGUGGUGGACUGUUCGAGGGCGGGAUACGACGAGAAGCUACCCGACCAGAUCCCGAUGGAUUCAACGCAGAUUUAUUUGGACGGUAACAAUUUCAAGAUGCUGAAUAGUCAUGCCUUUUUAGGACGAAAAAAACUGAAGAUUCUGUUUUUGAAUAACAGCAAUGUGGAGAUUAUUAGCAAUAGAACUUUUUAUGGUUUAAAAGAGCUGGAGAUUUUGCAGCUGGAUCACAAUCACAUAACGGAACUCAAUGGGUUCGAGUUCGUGGGAUUGGAACGGUUGAAGGAGUUAUUGUUACAGUACAACAAAAUUUCUACGAUUGCUAAUCACAGUUUUGAUCAUUUGCAUAAUAUGAAGAUACUGCGGCUUGAUCAUAACCGGAUAGUGGAGUUUAAUAUGUGGCAUCUGCCGAAGCAGCUGAAUGAUUUGAGAUUGUCAUCGAACCCAUGGUCCUGUGACUGCGAGUACUUGGAAAAGUUCCGCGAGUAUCUCAAGUUGUACGAUUUCGUGAAAGAUAAACUGAAAAUAAAAUGUACGGUGACGAUCGGGUCGGGCAAUGACACUGCGCUUGCAAUCGGAGAAUCAGUGAACGGAUCGGUUUCGUCCCCGUCAUUUACUGUCGGGCAGCCAGUUGCUCCUAGGGGGACUUUAUUGGAAGCAAGUGGAGAGCCACAGACCGGUGGUUUCUUGAUUUAUUUCGACAACAGUACUACACUGUGCAGUGGUGCAGUUCCUCUCGAUAACAUCAUCAACGGAAACCUGACGUCGCGCAAGACAGUGUUAUCGCCUCCACCGAUCGAAGGUUACAUCCCGUUACUGGUGGCUGCACUGUGUGGAUUCUCGGCGAUCAUCAUACUGACACUGAUUGUGUUUGUAUUUCGGCAAGAAAUGCGUGUUUGGUUUCAUUCUCGCUUCGGUGUGCGAUUGUUUUACCGUAAUGCUGAUAUGGAUAAGAACGAGAGGGACAAACUAUUCGAUGCUUUCGUGUCCUACAGCUCAAAAGAUGAGGCUUUCGUUGCUGAAGAACUGGCACCGAUGUUAGAGAAUGGUGACCCCUCUUAUAAGUUGUGCUUGCAUUAUCGGGAUUUUCCUGUAGGAGCAUACAUAGCGGACACGAUCGUACAGGCGGUGGAAUCGUCUCGAAGGACAAUUAUGGUCCUGUCGGAAAACUUCAUCAAGUCCGAGUGGUGCCGAUUUGAGUUCAAAUCGGCCCACCAUCAGGUGCUACGUGAUCGCCGAAGAAGACUGAUAGUAAUUCUACUAGGAGAGGUUCCUCAGAAGGACCUAGAUCCUGAUAUUCGGUUAUAUCUUAAAACCAACACCUACCUGCAGUGGGGUGACAAAUUAUUUUGGGAGAAGCUACGAUUCGCCCUCCCAGACGUGCCAAACAAUCAGCGAAGGCGACAGCAGCAAACGAUUAAUAUGACUCAUUCUAGUAUUCGAAACAAUUAUCAACUGAGUCGAGCACCAAAUAACAGAAACAACACCAGCAAUCAGUUGAUCAUGCUUCAACAGCCUCCUCAACCCGAUUCGAGGACGGGAGGUCCAAGGCAGCAAGAUCAUUCCUCAUUGCAGCAGCAACCACUUCCGUUACCGGGGUUAGCUCAGCAACCGCAGCCGCCGCAAUUACUUCAGCAUCAACGGCAACAGGAGUUACAACAGCAGCAAAACCAGCAAAGGGGAGGUACCAACGCUUCACCACGUACCGUGGGGAUACACAUAUGACCCCCUCAGUCUUUAGUGUGAUAGGAACCGUGUAGAAACUCACGAACUGAUUAGCGAAAUUUAGAAUUUUCCAGAACGAAAAACAAAUGUGAUAUUUAACGCUUAAGUCAUUAAAUUAUAAAAACAUAAUCCGUACUCAACGCGUUCGAGCGCCUGUAAAUAAUGACUCUUUUAGUACUAAGUUCAACUUUACAAACAAGGUGCAAUUGUAAACUCUCUUGAAGCCUUUUGCGAUCCAAAACGGCCAAGUGCAAGUGACAUUCCUUCAGUAGAAAAAAAAACUUGCGAUCAUCGAACAGUCGACCUCCGGCUGAGCUGCCUAUUCAAUAUUCGACGAGUAUCUGUGUAUGUGUGUGUGCGUUUUUAUGAAGAAAUGUGAUCGUGCUUGUGAUGUCUUUCUUUCCAACUAUGACAGUGGGAUCGCAAAAAAAGCAGUUCAAUACGGUUAAGCGAGAAAAAAAUGAAAUUGAAGAAGUUCAAGUUACACACAACAGUCAGUAGACGUCACAAAAAAAGAAAAGUCAGCAUGAAAACAACAUGUGUUAACACACAAAAGCAAACCUCCCAGGAAUGACAAGCACAAAUCAAAUGCAAAGUUAACUGCUACAGCUCAACAUUGCAACCAUCCACCAUCGUAACCUAGUGAUCGAGGUUCGGUGGAUAAAAACAAGAAAAAAUGGCCACGUUAAAAAAAAGAGCCGUGUUAGCCGUCGUGUGUCGUUUGUAGAUUCGUCUUUUUUUCCCCCAUCUCGGAAAUAAUUGUUACAUUGAUAAAGCGGCCCUUUUCCGGCAGUAAUGACAGUGCCUCUCUUCGGUACAGCGCAGUGUAUAGAAAUAAAUGAAAAAUGUUGUCCGUUCGGGUUGUCGAGCGGUCAAACAACGGCAAGAAGAAUUAUGUGAGCUAGUCGAUGUGGAAGAAAAAAAAAGUGAUUCAACAAGCCGCGUGAUCGCAAUUUAAUAAUGAUAGUGACAUUCUCCAUAGUCGUAACGCUCUCGAGUCACUUCGCAUCCGCCACCGCCAGGAUUCGCGCGAUCAGUUGACAUACCAGUCCAGCUCAGCCCUGGCUCCUAGAUGUGCAGCUUUAUUACACGAUCAUCAGCAUAAUCAACGUUUAUUAUACAAUAUGUGUAUAUGCGAGAGAUAGUCUCUGUGGUCUCUCGAGUAACCGCAACGGCAGCAGCAACAACAACAAAAAAGCAGUCGGCGGGUUCGUACGACAGUGUGUGACCACGAACGGUUAACAAUUACCACCACAACCCCUACGAAUGGAGCAGGUCCCGGGAAUGUUAUACAACAACAUCAUGCAAUGCAGUUCAACACACAUUCAGAACCAAAUCGACCAGGUUGUCGUUUUAUUUUUGCUUCUAUAGCAGCGUCAACGGCAGCAGCAUCAGCAGCAGCAGCAGCAGUAGAGGCAGCUUCAGAUACCAUUUCAAGAUCAGGUCGCCGGAGCAGGGUUGUUCGGAGCAAGGUUUCUUCUUGUAUUUUUCAUUUAGUUUUGCACUUAUUACUGUUAUUAUUUAUAUGUGAGCCCUUUCGGUUGAGAACAGUCGACCGGCUGGGCACGACAGCAAGGACAGAAAGAAGAUACUGUUUUAAGGCUUUUAUGAAGAAAAAAUGUGUACGUAUCAUGAAACAGCUUAGUUGGAAUCUUGGCCGUUACAGACCAACCAGAAAACACUGAAGAAGAGCUAUUUAGGGGACAAUAUUAAAAUUAUCAUCUUUCCAACGACGUCCGCACGUAUGUUCACUGAAGCCGAAGGUAUUUCUCCUGCUUUGAUUUUUUUUCUGUUGUUGCUUUUUUCCCCAUUCGGGUGUCUUCUUAUGAUCAAGUUUUUUUUUCACUCCCGGAGUGCCAUCUGGAUUCUCCGGCCUCGGAAUUCCCAUCAGAUGCAGAAAUUUUGUGCAACGGUUUUUCAUGCAAAUGUGGUAGCCUUUUGUAGCUGGUUCUCACUGCCCGAUGGCUUUCUAUUAUCCAAUUAAACGUCCAUUUUGAGAGUGGGCAAACGACGAUCGUUUAACCAUCGGAAAAUUGUUCAAUUCUGAAUGAAUUGGUUUCUAACGAAUGAUCUUCAGCGACGAACAUCUUUUGCUACUGCUAUCCAGCAGAAAUUGAGGCGAACUACUAAUUAAUUUUUGUUGGCCACCGCGACAUAACGUUAUACUUCUGGUUUUUUAUGCCCAAACAAAAAAGAAUUGUCAUAUCUUCAAAAAAUAUUGAUAUUAAUCCUAGAACCCUAACAUGGUCCGUGUGCGAUCUCCACAUUCACAUGUCGAUUAGGUAUUUGAAAAGUUUCCAAACAACUCAUGUUCAAGAUUUAAAAAGUGUCAGUAAACUUUUCAAUUAACGAAUGGAGAAGGAUUCUUUUUUGUUGUAAAAUCAGCCUGUUUUUGUUAACCGCAGAUCUAGUAUUUGGUUAGAGCAAAACAAAUGUAUUAGUAUACUUUGAAUAAAUUAGCACCCAAAACAAUCGACAAAACAUUGUAUAAAUUGUAAAAAAAUUACCAAAGGAAAAUCAUUAAUGGAAGACUCAAUUAGGCACGCGUUUAGAUAUCAAUCGAGGACAGAAUUAAGAGAGGUGCUGUAAAUAGAAUGAUACAUGUAAAUACUAUAAAUUUGUUUAUAUAGCAUGAUUCGAUUAUGAGCAGAGUGGCUUAGAAGCGAAAAACGCCAGCACUGUUGUGUGAUAAUAUAACAAAUCUAGACCGUUCUUUUCUUUCUUACUUUAAUUAGAGAAACAAAAGUGUUAUUGACUGACCAGCCUUAGAAAACCGUCUAGAAAUACGCUAGGAUUUAUAAAUAAAUUGACUUCAAAACAUAG